UUUACUGAAGCAGAGAAAGGCUUUGGCAGAAGUCACUGCAAUUGAGGCUUGGAUUUGAAGCUACCAAAAUGGGGGAACCAAUUCCCUAUCCUGUUCCUCUCAACUGUGCUCUUCCUGUGCCUGCUAUAGCACGGGUUAUGCCGACGCCAUCAGAGACCGCCCCAAGUGUUGAAGGACAAAGAUCAACGGGGAAAACUCCAAUGGCGUCUACCCCAAGUAUUGAAGCACAAAGAUCAACAAGAAACACUCUGAUACAUAGUUACAAUUACAUCACCAGAGAGCACAAGGUUGACAUGGAUGAGCCUUCAUGGAUAAACACAGUGAGGACCAAGCUCAAUGAAGUCCGUCCGAGAACUCAUGCCAGCAGACCAUGGACUAUCUUCAAGGUACCUGACAACAUCCGUCGCAACGAAACAAAAACCUAUGAUCCUUUUAUUGCCUCCAUUGGCCCUUACCAUUACCAUGCGUCUCAACGAGGCACAACGCUUGCUAUGCAAAACCAUAAGUGGCGGUGUGUUAGAUGGUUGCUCUCAAGGCACCAGAGCAGGCAACAGGCGACUGUGUUGUUGGAUAAAUGCUUACUGGCAAUGAAGGCAUUGGAUGUUGAGGUUCGAAGCUGUUAUUCAGAGGAUGUCUACUACUUGGAUCCACACAAACUCGCAUCGAUUAUGUUACUUGAUGGUUGCUUCAUUAUCCGUCUUUUGCUAAAGCAAGUCACGCAGAAGGCGGAGAAAGUAAUUAAACAUGAGGAGAAAGAGGAAGAGAAAGAUAAGAAGGUUGAAGAUGAACAGAAUAUUGAGUUAGAUGUUGAAUGUGAAGAAGAAAUAGAAGGACCGUUGAUUGGAAUGCAAUGGAUAUGGAACUUAGUCUUAUAUGAUCUAUUGAAGCUUGAGAACCAAAUCCCCUUUUUUGUCAUCGAAACACUCUUCGACUUACUCAAGACUCCAGCCGAUGAAAGCAUUGACCUCCCGAAGCUCGCUCUCCAGCUUUUUAGCGGGUUCGGCUUAAGCUCUGCCGCAACAAAUACUAAAAGUGUCCAUCAUCUGCUUCAUCUCUUUCACCAAUCCCUUAUUCCUUCUGGUGAUCAUAACCAACUAUAUUUGGCACAAACCCAAACCCAGAUGGUGAAUGAAUGGAUACUGAACGCAACUAAACUUCGACUUGCAGGAAUCAAGUUUGCAAAGAAGAACACUGCAAGUUCUUUCCUUGACUUAUCAUACAAGAAUGGCGCAAUAGAAAUCCCACAACUAUUCCUCUAUGACUACAAUAACACUUACACUCUCUUCAGGAACUUGGUAGGCUUUGAGCAAUGCUAUCCAGGGGCAAAGAGCUACAUUUCUAGCUACACAAACUUCAUGAACUGCAUCAUUGAUGGUCCAAAGGAUGUGCAUUUGUUGGAGUUGAAAGGAAUCCUCAUUAACCAGCUGAGGCCUCAAGACAGUGUGGUUAAACUUUUCAAUCAGUUGUGCGAUCAUAUUCAGUGUUCUUCAGAUGAUAAUUAUCUCCAUGACUUGCUUAUUGAAGUGAAGAUGUAUACUGAAUCAAGAUGGCACAAAUGGACAAGUGGAUUGAUGGAGAGAUUAUUUCAGUAAUCCAUGGAGAUAAUAAGCAUAUAAUUGUCGUAUAAGCUUUGUGGCUUCUGUAAUGGAGGUAGUUAAUAAUUGAAGUUCAUUGCAGACUUUGCAGUUAAUUUUCCAUGCAUUGGUAUAUCAAUGUUUGAGCAUACCUAGAAUUCAAUUAGUUUUUUUUAGAACAGUGGACAAACCACUAAAGAAUU